GUCGAAAUAACAAAGAAACUCUAUAAUUAAAACCCAUCAAAUAUAAAAAUUGAAACACACAAUGUCAUAACCUACUCAAGCAUUACACAAGUCUUUACUAACCACAACAAUAGGAUAACCAGUAACAAAUAACCAGUAACUAGCACGUUGUAUGUAACAAGUUAAUUAAUUAACUAACUACCAUUUGGUAGCCCAGACUUAGGCCAGCGCACGACCACUCGGUCUAAAGCAAGUUUAAAAUCCCUAUAAUUCCACCUUAGAACAUGAUAUAAAUCCUUAGUAAUUCAUACCAAAAUGCUGCUGUUAAGAUCAAGAUUGUCAAGCUUAAGAGACUACAUCACUCCCAUUAAUAAUACUUCUAAUUUCUCUAGUACUGGAGAAAUUAGCCCCUCUGAAUUCGUACUAGCGUGUGAUUACCUAAUCUCUAGAUUCCCAACUUGGUAUUGGGGGCCAUGUCCAGAGAAUUUAAAGAAAGGAUUUUUGCCAUCAGAUAAGCAAUUUUUGAUGACUAAACAUGUACCGAGCCAUGUUAGAGCCAAUGAAUAUUUAAGUAAUGGACUGGAAGAUAUUAAUUUAGACUUUGAAGAGGAAGAAGAGAUAAAUGAUGAAGACGAUGAUAGUAAUGAUGGCUGGACCAAGACCAGAAGUGUUAUUAAGAAGAAGACAAAUGAUACCAAAGAAGAAGAUGUUGCUAAUUCUGCCACUGGACCAUUAACCAAAUCUAAUUCUAUUGAUGAUAUAGAUGAUUUCUUAGAGAAUGAUGAUGAAGACAAUGCAGAUUUUGAUAAUAUCGAGGAUGAUGACUUUGAUGACCUUGAAUAUAUCUCAGACUCUAAGCAAACCUUAAGAAGAUAUGAUAUCUACAUUACUUAUUCAACAUCUUAUCGUGUUCCUAAAUUAUACUUAGUAGGGUAUAACUCAAAUGGGAUCCCCCUUACUCCCAAACAAAUGAUGGAAGAUAUAAGUGGUGAUUAUAAGGAUAAAACAGCCACUAUUGAGAAUUUGCCAGUAGCUUAUAAUACAACAUCUGUCAUGAUUCAUCCAUGUCGUCAUGCAUCUGUUAUGAAAGUAUUCAUGAAGCAUUCAAAAUCCAACAAGGAAAAGAAGGAAGCCGAGUUGGCCGAUAAGUUAAAACAAUUAGAUCUCGAUUCCGAUCCUUCUAGUAAUACGGAUGAGGAAGAAACAGGUAUUCGAGUAGAUCAAUAUUUGAUUACAUUCUUAAAGUUCAUGUCCAGUGUCAUUCCUGGUAUUGAAUACGACUUUACAGGUGAUGCAUUAUAGAUAAGAUUCAAUACAAGCAUCAAAGCGGUUAAACUGCUAGACAGUCCAGCUUACUAAAGAAGAGUCAACCAAUUCAAACCUUUCUAUACCUCAUCCUCUAUUUACUUCUUAUUUAGUUCUCCUAAGUUACUAUAUCCUUAUUAUUAUUAGUCUUAGUCUUAUUUAUUACAUAGCCUUUAUAGAUUAGAGUGUUAAUUAUAUUUUAUAUGUAAAAGCCG